CAAAAAUAGUGAAACUUAAUUAAUUACAAUUCUUUAAAUGAUUUUUAAUUUAUUAAUAUAAAAUAGCUCUAAAGACGAAAAAUGAGUAUUUAGAGAAAAAUUGAGGUUAAGAGUGGAAAUCUUGAAAUAUAGAGACCGAAUUGAAGUCAAAUUCAAAUAUCAAUGGUAAAAUUAUAGCAUUUAAAACCUAAAAACUAAAUUGAAAUCAAACUCAAACUUAAGGACUAAAUGUGUAAUAUUUUAAAACCUAUGAACUAAAUAGAAACUAUACCCCAAACUUAUAGACCAAAAAGAUAUUUUUUCUUAAAAAUAAAAUAAAAAAUCAAUUUUAAAAAGGAACGGCAUAUUUUUAAGUAUUUUUCAUGAAUUAACAACGAGUAUGAAAAUACGUAGAUUUAAAUAAAAUCGAACUGAAACUUUAAGAAAUUACCAAAAGCAUAUUUGCCCUCUCAUUUUUAUAUACAAUCCACCAAGGUCCACUUGACAUGUACAGAUCAACAUAAAUUUAAAAAAUAAAAAAUAAAAUAAAAUAGUCGAAGAUUGAAAAUAAGAAUAUUACAAAUAAUUUAGAAAAUUAGGAAUAAGUUAAAAUACAUUUCUAUGCAUAAACAAUAUUUUAAAAUCAAAUCAAGCUUUUCAACUCCAUUUUAUGGAGUUACAUUACAUCAAAGCUGGCUCUUAACUAAUAAAGAAAUAUAUAUACAUAUAUAUUGAAGGGUAUAUGAAUAUAAGUAUGAUCUAAUAAUAAUGUAUAUUAUCUUAAUAUUAGUACAAACAAUUGCAAUGCACAUAUAUUGAGCCUAAGUUCUAGUUCAUCAGCCUCUCCAAACACAUCUCUCUCUAUUUCUUCUCCAUCAAAAUAUGGCUCAAAGCUAUGAGCAGGGAGAAGGGCAGCCUGCGGCGGGGCUGCGGUGGGGGAUGCGUCGGGGGAUUCAAUUUCGGAGGCGACGAAUGCCCGUGGCACGGCUCGGGGGGAAGAGAUCGGGGCGGAUCGUGGCGUGGGGGAGGAUGCUGAGGAAGAUAAGACUGAGAUGGGUGAAAGUGAAAUGCAUAGCCAUGGUGAAGAAGAUUAAAAAGUACUACACAAGCUUGAUGAAGGAUAUAAUGGAAGGAGGAGCAUAUGGGUAUGCUGCUGACUCAUAUCAACACAGGCUUCUCAUGGAGACUUCUUUUGCAAUUCCAAUUCUGGGUGUCUCUCUCUCCACUCAUUCCAGUAUUCUUGCUACAACUUCAUAAAUCUCUCUACCUUUUCAAUCUCAAAGCUUCUUCUUCAUGAUUUAGCCUCCAUUUCAUAUAUAGUUAUUAGGCUUUUUAUUUUGGAAAAUUGCAAUUCCGAAUUCUUAGUUAAAUUCUAAAAAUAAAAUCAAAAUUUAAAAACUAUGGUCUCAAUGAUUUUGUUUUGUUUUUUUUUUUAUGUUCUUGAAUUUAGGAUUAUUUUCUCUCGACUUUAAAAACACUUCAAUUUCUAAUCAAAUUCUAAAAAUAAAGUAAAACUACAUCGUUGAAAACUAUUUUUUAGUCUUUUGUUUUAGCAUGGUUUUUGAAAAUAUUAGUGAAGAUCGAGUAGUAGAUAACAAAAUAUAAAAUUUCGAGGUAAAGCUAAGGUUUAUAGCUUAAUUAUCAAAAACAAAAAACUAAGGUCCCGUUUAGUAACCAUUUCCCUUUUUGUUUUCUGCUUUUGUAAAUUAAGUCUAUUUUCUCUCUAUUUCUUAUAAUGAGUUGCAUUUUUCUUAAAUACAAUGGUUUUUAAAAGCUACUUUUUCUAAUUUUCAAUUUUUGGCUUGGUUUUUGAACCAUUGAUAAAAAGUAGAUAAGAAAGGAAGAAAUUUGGAGGUAGGAGUAGUGUUUAGAUGCUUAAUUUUCAAAAAAAAAAACUAAAUGGUUACAAAAUUGAGCUUAAAAAACUAAGGCCCUAUUUGGUAAUUAUAAGGACACGUUUGGUAAUCAUUUGGUUUUUUAUUUUUGUUUUUUAUAAAAAACCUAUUUCAUCCACAAUUUUAAGUACAAUAAUUGAGUUUUUUUUAAAGCUACUUUUGUUAGUUCUCAAAAUUUGGCUUGG